AUGUGUGAGGAAAAUAAAGCAACUGAUUUUUGCAGAGAGCACAAUAGAGAAAUUGGGUUAUUUUGCAAAAUAGACCAUCAUUUGUUGUGCUUUAAUUGUGUUGUUCAGCAUUCUGCCCAUGAAAUUUUAUUGCUGAAUGAUGGAUAUGUGGAAGAAGUAAUUAAUAAAAAAAAGGUGGAAAUCAAUGAAGCAGAAGGAAAAUUCAAGGAAAAAAUUGAUUUUUGUGAAAAAAAUUUAGAAACUAUAAAAGGAGAUAGAGCAAAGAUAGAAGGGCUGAUUGAUUUUCAUAUAAAAGCAUAUGAAAACGCCCAAAAAGAGCUUAUAGAAGUCUUUGGAAGAGCUUCAGAUGCUUUGCGAGAAAGUUUUAAUAAUAAAUACAAAAGUAUAUUUGAGAGAAAUCAGAAAUUAAUUGAAAAUUACUCUGAUUUUACAGCUGAAUUCAAGAAAAAGAAAGAAAAUCUAGAGAAAUUAGCAAAAGAUUUCAAUAGUAUGACGAUUUCUGAUAAAAUAAAUUGCGAGAUUUCAAGGUUGGAUGAAGAAAUGGUUUUCCCUGACAUAGAAAACGUCGAAGAUAUAGUGAAAACUUUGGAGGAACCUAUAAAUUACAAGGGGGAAAUCUUAGAGAAAUUCAAUGAAUAUUUUAAAUAA